AGAAGCCUCAGGAGCAGUUUCCCCUGUACGUCAGACGACACUUCAACUCUCCCUCACUUCUGUAUGAUCAAUGGCGUUCAGGAAAGCUCGGCGUCUCUUCAAUAUAACCAAGGCCUCCGCCCAAACCCUCGCCAAUUCCCGUGUCUCUUUGUCCUCUGUGGUCCGGAGGGUCCCACCCGAUCCUAACGAAGCCUCCAUCGCUCCCGACCCCUGUCACAACGGCAUUAUCCGGUGUUUCCUUCACAAGAGAGCGUCCUCCCAGCCGGAGCUACGACUGCUUCCUCUCGGGGAGAACCUGAUGGAGAAGCUGAAGUCCAUAGGCGUUGCCCAGAACCGGAUCCAACUUGACGGCCUGAUGCCUCUGGCGGAGAGUACUUCGGAAGCGACGGAAGGCCUGACGGUUGAAGAUGCGAGGAAGUUGCUGAGGGUGGCGCAGCUGGAAAAGGUGAAGGAGAGGCUGAGAAAAAUCCAUAAAAACUGGAUACCUUAUUCGGACUUCAUUCGGAUCUGCACAGAAGUCUGCUCCGAUCCUGAUCAAGGUCUCGCCUUGGCCAAGAUGCUCGAUGAGUCCGGAACCGUAAUCGUCUUGGGAAACGCUGUCUUCCUAAGGCCUGAGCAGAUAACAAAAGCCAUCCAAAGCCUUGUUCCUCUAUUGGGAGCCAACCCGGGUUACAGGCAACAAAAGGAGCUGGAGGAGAUGGAGAAGCAGAAGGUGGCCAUCGACAAAGAGGCGGAUGCCUUGGUGCGCCGGGAACUCUGGUGCGGGCUGGGAUUGAUGGUGGUCCAGACAGCAGGGUGCAUGAGGCUAACGUUUUGGGAGCUGUCAUGGGAUGUGAUGGAGCCAGUUUGCUUCUACGUAACGUCAAUGUACUGUAUGGCUGGCUAUGCCUUCUUCCUUAGGACCUCCAAAGAGCCUUCUUUCCAAGGUUUCUAUCUGGGCAGGUUUGAAGUAAAGCAGAAGCGUCUCAUGGGGUUUCAUGGUUUUGACAUUGCUAGGUAUAAUGAGCUCCGGAGAGCAUGUUAUCCCAAUUCAUCUUCUUCACAACAAGCAGCUUCUUCAGGUGGUACUGCUCCAAUGUUCAAUCGAUAGUUUAACAUAUAGCUACGGCUUUCAAUGAACAUAAUCUUUGUGAGUCUUAA